AUGAUCCAAGUUAAGAGGAGGAAGGUAAUCUGUGACAUUUGUCGCCGGGCUGCAGCUGUGAAGAUCUGCCUGACCUGUAACAUUUCCUACUGUGAGUAUGAUGUUCGCCAGCACUACACAGUGGAAGCCCUGCAGAGACACUUACUCAAAGACGUGUGUGACAAUAUCGAGGGGAAACGCUGUCUGACAUACCAAAAGUCUCUAGAGUUCUUCUGCAGAACUGAUCAGUUUCAGAUCUGCAGCAUUUGUGUACAGGGAAAUCACAGAGGACAUGACAUUAUCUCCCAGAGGGCACAGCAUGCUGCAAGACAGACCUCUGGCGGUGAAAAAUACUGGGACACUGACCUACCUGAUACAGGUUUGCCAGUGGUGCCCCCUCCUGGUGAGAUCAAGUGUGUGUCAGAGAAGCCAAACUCUGCAGUUCUGAGCUGGGGUUGCCCAAAAGGACUGGAGGGGCGUAAGAGCUUCAGAGUGAAGUGGAGCCCCUCAGAGAAUGAGGAAGUAACCACAGAUUUUUAUAAAAUUGAAAUAGACAACCUUCAACUUGGACAACAGUAUUUUUUCAGUGUGGCCACAGAAGAUGAGGAUGGUAAUUUAAGUAAAUGGGUCACAGCAUCUGUUUUCACAGUGGUGCCGCCCCCUCGACACUUAACAAAAGGACACACAGGGGCCACGGCUAUGUCUCUGGAAUGGACCAAAGGAGACAACAUGGAUGGAAUUCCACAUCAGUUCCUUGUUAAAGUCAAAAGUCCAGGGAAGGAGUCCUUUGCAAUAUGCACCAAGGACUGCAACAAGACAUUCUCAGAUUUAGAGCCGGACACAGAGUACACUAUAUCUGUCUUAACUGUACUGAACGGUCAGUGCAGUAAGGAGGUCUCUAUCACUGCACACACAGAGCCAAGUCUCAGGGAGGUGCUGUCAAAGAUUGGACUUGAAGAACAGCAUGACAGCAAGCUCACACUUAGCACUGUCCUAGAGAUUAAUCAAAAUGAUACAGCAGAGAACAAACUUGAAACUGCAAAGUCACUUCCCAUAGCCUUUUUGAAGAGACUUAUGAUGUUGAACACAAAUGCUAGAAGUGUCAAAUGUGUGUCCUGCGAUGUUGACACAGACAAGAGCAAUGCCAUCAAUCCUCUGGACCUUAUAACUGCAUUGUUCCUCUGUUCAGACAGCUUUCUCCAGCAGCAUAUAGUUCUGAAAAUGGCACUCUGCCAGUUUGCCAUCCCUCUGUUGGUGCCCAACAGUGAAACAAAAGAACUCACAAUGAUGCUGUGGUCCAUGCGCGAAAUAGUCCGAACUUACAGACCCCCCCAGCAGGCAUUCCUAAAGUUAAACUGUGAAGAAAGAAUUGUGAACUCUGAUAGUCCUCUGGUGUCAUUUGUCAGGCUAGGGCGGACAGGCCUGUCCAAGUCUCUUACAUUGAACAAACUACUCUGUAAUACUGAACACAACCUGCUCAGUAACACUGAGCAGUACCAUGACACAUUUUAUCAUCGUAACAUGGUGUGUGGUGAUAUCCCCAGGAGGAUUUCAGAUGGGCUGGUUGAGAUCAGCUGGUAUCUCCCAUGUGGGGACAGGAACAUUGACAAAUUCACUGAGCCAAUGGCUGUUGCAAACCUCAGAGGAGACAUCAGGUUUUUUGACAAGCAGUUUUCAUUCCUCUGUCAGACGUCUGCAGCUGUCUACAUCUUCCAUAAUGAAUCAGAAACUAAUUACUUAAAGUGUCUGGAAGGAAAAGAUGUGAAAGCAAAUGUCAUUUUCAUUAGCAGCGGGAAAACCUUCACACUCAAAAUGUUGAUGAAGGAACCACAUUUAAAGACAAUUGAUGUAAGCCAGAAGAAAAAAACUGAUGCAGAGCUGAUAAAAGCCCUCCAGGAGUCAAUCUCGAAGAUGCUAGAAAAGUGCAGAAACAAAGUGUCUGUGGCAAAUCAGGCUGACCAAGCUCGCUGGUGUGGGAUCCUGGUUGAUGAGGAUGGUGAUGACUGCCAGAGUGCGUGGAAGAAUGUGAAGAAAAUCACCAAACAUGUCACUAACACUUCUGAAUUCAAGGACAAACAACUGCCUUGCCAAGGACACAUCUGGAAAAGACUUUCGCAGCUGGAAACAGAGUGUUGGAGAAUGUGGAAAGCUGGAAACCAGAAAACUGAAGACUACCAUAAGUCUCUGAAAGCAAAAGAAGAUGAGCUUGAUGAGCUUAAAAGGAAGCAGCAAAGAUUUGAGAUGACAGCUUCAAUGAUAAGCUUUCUUCAGGGGGUAGUGACCUCAGAAGUGCAGAGCUACUACUUCCUCAAAUGGCUGGAAACAGAACUGGACGAUCUGUCCCGGCACCAGCUAUCGUCUCUGCAGGAUCAAUACAAAGAUCUACUCCAGAAAUCUCUUCAAAAAACUGAAAAAAUUGCAGAGAUUGACAAGCAAAUUUCUGCUUAUUCUUUACGCCUGGAGCACUUUUUUCGGGAGUGUGGGCAGCUGUAUGAGUGUGCGAGUUAUAUGCCACAAUACAGCUGUCGGAGAAAAAAUAUGGAACAACUCCCUGCACUGUAUGCUCAGAUGCUGCUGGAUGGUUUCCCUCUUGAACUUGUUGAUGGAGAUGCAGUAAGCAUCCCGAUGAAAUGGAUCACCGAUGUGCUUCAUAAGCUUCACUACAUUAUGCACUCUAACAGUAAGCUCAAGAUCAUUACAGUCAUCGGACCUGAAAAUUCAGGAAAAUCGACUCUGCUCAACACCAUGUUUGGUGUCAGGUUUGCUGUCAGUAAAGGAACAUGCACCAGAGGAGCUUUCAUCCAGUUGAUCAAUGUCAACAAAGACAUGAGGGAGGAACUGGGCUGUGACUGCAUCAUGAUCAUUGACACUGAGGGACUGAAGCCACAUCUGAUGGUUCAAGAUGAUUUCAGCCAUGAACACGACAAGGAUGUAGCGAGCCUCGCUGUGGCGCUCAGUGACACCACAAUUGUCACUGUUUCCAGGGACAACUCCACAGAGAAAGACAUCUUAGAAAUGUUGCUUAAUGCUUUCACAAGGUUGAAGGAUGUGGGCAAGAAGCCAUUCUGUCAUUUUGUACAUACUAACAUGUCUGACAUGCCUAUUGUAGAAAGAAAGAAGAGAAGUAAAGACAUGGUGGAACAGCUCAAUGAAAUGAUCCGGAAGGACGCUAAGAUGAAGAAGGCCAACAUCACUAGGAUCACAGAUGUGAUGAAGUUUGACCCAGACACUUGCAACUGGUGCAUUCCCCCAGUUUGGCAUGGGACUCCACCAAUGGCUCCUUUCAGUGUUGACUACAGUGAGACUGUGUAUGCUUUGAAGAAGCGAUUGAUAGGGGACCUUGCAAAGUGCAAAGAAAGAGGUGAUCUGACACAUUUUAUCAGAAGGGUAGCAACCCUCUGGAAGGCUCUGUGAGCUA